AUGGCUCUUCGAGAUCUGACAAACUCUUUGUCUUCCUUGGCCAUAAUCUGUGUUCUGACCAUCACACUUGUACUUUACUAUAUCAUUCUAGCUGUUCUAUCCCCGUUGAAAUCGCUACCUGGACCGUUCUUUGCAAGAUUUACUCGCUUGUGGUAUCUCAAGAAUGUUUGGGAUGGUGAAUUUGACCAGAUAAACAUUGCUCUGCACAAGAAGCAUGGCCCAAUCGUCCGUAUCGCCCCAAACGAGUAUUCGAUAGGUGAUGCAGAAGCUAUCAAGAUAAUCUAUGGUCAUGGCGCCGGAUUCAUCAAGGCACCUUGGUACUUCGCAAGUGGGAAUGCUGACCCAUAUACCAAAGAUCUUUUCACCGAUCGAAAUCCCAAGACACAUGCACAAAACCGCAAAAAGGUCGCUGCACUCUAUUCCAUGACUAAUUUGACAUCCAUGGAGCCUCAAGUGCACGAGUGUGUAGGCGUCCUUCGAGAGAAAUUCUCAGAGCUGGCAACCUCAAAAAGCCCUCAAAGUUUCGAUCUUCAGCACUGGUUUCAAUGUUUUGCAUUCGAUACAAUCGGGCUCAUAACACUCAACAAACGCUUCGGCUUCCUGGACAACGGCAAGGACAAGUGGGGCCUUCUCGCAGCGCUCCAUGCCUACCUAGAAUAUGUCUCCCACGUGGGGGUCUUCUCAGAACUGCAUCCCAUUCUCUAUCGUAUCGUCCAGAAAUUCUCAACAAGCUCAGGGUCGUCAAGACUUCGCGAAUUCACUAAUGAACAGAUUAUGCAACGAUUAGCUCAACUCGAUGUUGAGAAACAAGAUUCGGGCGACUUCUUGACUAAGCUCUUGAGCAUGCACAAGCAGAACCCUGUAGAAUUCUCUAUGUCUGCAGUAUUCGGGACAUGUUUAACGAACAUUGGUGCCGGGUCCGACACGACGUCUGUCAGUCUGGCAGGGAUCUUUUAUCAUUUGAUCAAAGUACCCCAAGCUAUGUCAAAGCUUACGGAGGAAAUCGAUCAAGCCUAUCUUACGGGCAAAUUCUCAUCGCCACCAACAUUUGCCGAGACUCAAGAGCUGCCAUACUUACAAGCAUGUAUCAAGGAAGGUCUUCGCAUGCAUCCAGCGACGGGUUUGCCUUUAGCCCGAGUUGUCCCCGAGCAAGGAGCGACAAUUGCUGGACAAUUCUUUCCUGGAGGCACGAUUGUCGGUGUCAACUCAUGGGUAGCACAUAGCAACACAACCGUCUUUGGCAACGAUGCAGGAAUCUUCCGACCAGAGCGGUGGCUUGAGAGUCCUGGACGUAGCUCUUAUAUGGGGAGAUAUUUCAUGAGUUUUGGGUCAGGAUCUCGGACUUGCAUUGGGAAGAAUAUCAGCUUGAUGGAGAUCUCGCUCGCCAUUCCGGAUUUGAUCAAAAACUUUACUUUCGCGAUGGCGAACCCAGAUCAACCUCUGAAAACGGAGAAUCGGUGGUUUGUUAAGCAGAAGAAUCUUCACUGUAGGAUUUGGUUGAGAGAAGACAAGAAGGAACAUUGAUGAUCUUGGCAACGGCUGAGAUAUGUGGAGAGUGUCUUGGUG